CUCAUCGAGGUCGCGCUUCGGCCGGCUGUCGCUGCCGCUAACCACAUAGUUUAGCAGGAGUCGAGAUGCUGCUACAACCUCGUUUGCUCCGCCGCGUCCUACUGGUCCGCCCAUGGAUCGGGGCUGGCCUUCGGUGGAAGCGCACUUCAUCCCUGCAGGUGGCCAACGAGCCCAUCUUAGCGUUCACGAAGGGCACCCCGGAGCGAGAAGCACUUCAGAAGGCCUUGAAGGAUCUGCAGGGCCGGACAGAAGCCAUCCCAUGUGUGGUGGGCGAUGAGGAGGUGUGGACAUCGGACGUGCGGUACCAGGUGUCGCCAUUUAACCACGGAUGUAAGGUCGCCAAGUUCUGUUACGCAGACAAGGCCCUGCUCAACAAGGCCAUCGAGGCUGCCUUGGCUGCCAGGAAAGAAUGGGACCUGAAACCUGUCGCAGACCGGGCCCAGGUCUUCUUGAAGGCAGCAGACAUACUGAGCGGGCCGCGCAGGGCCGAGAUCCUUGCCAAGACCAUGGUGGGCCAGGGCAAGACAGUGAUCCAAGCCGAGGUCGACGCUGCGGCUGAGCUCAUCGACUUCUUCCGAUUCAACGCCCAGUUUGCAAUGGAACUGGAGGGGGAGCAGCCCAUCAGCGUGCCUCCCAGCACCAACCGCGUGGUGUACCGGGGGCUGGAGGGCUUCGUGGCAGCCAUUUCACCUUUUAACUUCACUGCAAUUGGUGGCAACCUGUCAGGGGCGCCGGCCUUGAUGGGCAACGUGGUCCUGUGGAAGCCCAGUGACACCGCCAUGCUGGCCAGCUACACUGUGUACCGCGUCCUCCGGGAGGCUGGCCUGCCCCCCAACAUCAUCCAGUUCGUACCAGCUGAUGGGCCCGUAUUUGGGGACACCGUCACCAGUUCGGAGCACCUCUGCGGCAUCAACUUCACAGGCAGCGUGCCCACCUUCAAACACCUGUGGAAGCAGGUGGCGCAGAACCUGGACCGGUUCCGUACCUUCCCGCGCCUGGCUGGAGAGUGCGGCGGGAAGAACUUCCACUUCGUGCACCACUCGGCCGACGUGGACAGCGUGGUGAGCGGGACGCUCCGCUCGGCCUUCGAGUACGGUGGCCAGAAGUGCUCCGCCUGCUCGCGCCUCUACGUGCCCAGCUCGCUGUGGCCGCAGAUCAAAGGGCGGCUGCUGGAGGAGCACAGCAGGAUCAAAGUGGGCGAUCCCACGGAGGAUUUCGGGACCUUCUUCUCCGCCGUGAUUGAUGCCAAGUCCUUCGCACGCAUCAAGAAGUGGCUGGAGCACGCGCGCUCCUCACCCAGCCUCAGCAUCCUGGCCGGGGGCAAGUGCGACGACUCCGUGGGCUACUACGUGGAGCCCUGCAUCGUGGAGAGCAAGGACCCUCGGGAGCCCAUCAUGAAGGAGGAGAUCUUCGGGCCUGUGCUCACCGUCUAUGUCUACCCAGACGACAGGUACAGGGAGACGCUGCAGCUUGUCGACAGCACCACCAGCUAUGGCCUCACGGGGGCAGUGUUCGCCCAGGAUAAGGGCUUUGUCCAGGAAGCUACAAAGAUGCUGAGAAACGCUGCAGGCAACUUCUACAUCAACGACAAGUCCACUGGCUCGGUGGUGGGCCAGCAGCCCUUCGGAGGAUCCCGAGCCUCUGGAACCAACGACAAGCCAGGGGGACCCCACUACAUCCUGCGCUGGACGUCGCCCCAGGUCAUCAAGGAGACCCACAAGCCCCUGGGAGACUGGCGCUACUCGUACAUGCAGUGAGCCCUGCUCGGCGCCCCCCUCGUCCGCCUGUUCGUCCACCCAGACGACGGACCUUGCCGCACUGACCCCACUUCCCGCUCCACAGGCUGUCAUGGGCAGCGCCCCUUCUACAGUCAUCUGUCCAGUCCCAGCCCCUCCUGUCCCCAGUGUCAGGUUCCAGGCUCUGCUUUGAGGUCACGUUGGGGAAAAAAGAGUGACUGACCCCUUUCCCAUCAGCUACCCUGGAACUGCCCUGCCGUCCAGCGGGUCCAGCCCCAGUCCCGACUGGUUCUCCGUCUGUCCCGUUCCCUCUCCACCUGCUGGACCCGGGGAAUGGAGAGGGAGCAUCUCUGGGGACCCUGCGGCAGCCUCACCACUCCAGAGGCUCCUGGCUGUGACGGGGUGGCCUGCAGGGCACAGGUCGCUCAGCUGCCUUGCCCCCUGGUCUGGGCUGCCCCUCCUCCACUGUGUCUCUGGGUAGCCCACCUGUACCCAGCCAUGUGCCUUAGAUACCGUGUGCCUUCCUCCUGGUACCUGUGUUCCCCCAAGGCCCUCCUGGCCACCUUCCAAGGUAUGGGAGGUGGUGGUCCUCCCGGGCUGGUUGCAGUUUUGGAAACUUUGGGUCACCUCUGCUCUGUCGGGCUAUCCCCUUGCCCUUCUGGCCCUGCCUCUAGAGAUGUCUGUCCCCAGAGCCCAUGUAAGGCCGAGAUUCCCCUGCCGGCUCAGCUCAGCCCAGGCUGACACUGCUGGCCCCUUGUCCCUCCCCAGAGACUUGGCCUGGGCCGAGGACAAGCCUGUGGACUCCUCUUAGCAUGUCAGUGGCUCCGUGUGACGGCCCCUCAGUGGCCUGUUCUUUGCCGGAUACCCCAGAGACCGAGCAGCGAGGGAAACCCCCUCAGUGCUUGGGUUCUAGUGGGCAGGGUCUGUGAGGCAUGACUUUCCAGGAUGGUGCUUAGGGGGUGGAGGGAGUUCUGCUGUCCGCAGAGCUGAUGUGGGGACGCCCAAGUGCCCACUUCACCCUGGCCCACAGUCUGGGGUGGGUCUGGUACCACCUUGGCCAGGAGUGGGCUCUACUUCCUUCUGGGUUCUUGCCAUUUCCCAUGGUGGGCUGGGGGAGGGGGCACAGGCUGGAGGUUUUUCUACUGAUUCUGUCUACACUGUGAGGUGGCAGUGGCGUGCACCCAGUGCCACCAAUAAAAUGCCUGUCACCUGCCAAA